UCCCUGCCAUCGCUGGGGUUUCUGUUUUAUUUUCCUGGAGGGGGUAGGGGGGGGGGAAACCCAAACCAACAUGGUCUCCCCAUGUCCUCUGUUCCCCUCUUCCCUCUUCCCCCUUCUGUCAUCUCAGUAGGAAUCGGCUUUUUCUUGUCCUGCCCAGAGCUUUGUUCUCCUCAGACUCAGACAAGACUCCAGGAAGGAAGCCAGGAUGGAUUACAGCUCCCUGAGCGGAGUCCCCCGGUUCCUGACCCGGCCCAAGGCGUUCAUGGUGUCCGUGGGGAAGGAUGCCACCCUGAGCUGCCAGAUCAUCGGAAACCCCAUCCCGGUGGUGAGCUGGGAGAAGGACAAACUGCCAGUCCAGUCUGGGGGGAGGUUUAAAACCACGGAGGACGGGGAUCUCUAUCGGCUCACGAUCUACGACCUGAGCCUGGAGGACAGUGGCCAGUACAUCUGCCGGGCCAAGAACACCAUCGGGGAGGCCUUUGCCGCCGUCAGCAUCAAGGUGGGGGAGGAGACCACGGUGACAGAGCAGGCCCCUUACUUCAUCCAGAGACCCUCCAACAUCAAGGUAACCCUGGGAGAAGAUGCCAUGUUCAAGUGCAAGGUCCAGGGCAGCCCUCCCCUCUCGGUGAACUGGGAGAAGGACGGGAGGCACCUGCGGAACCAGGCGGACGCCGGGCGCUUCCAGAUCGAGUCCGCCGGGGAGUCCAACGCUCUGACCAUCCAGUGUGCCCGGCUGGGGGACAGUGGCACCUACACCUGCCGGGCAGAGAACCUCAUCGGCUCCGCCAGCGCCUCGGCCGCGCUGGUGGUGGAGACCCACGGCUCCUCCAACCCGGGCAGCAGCGCCAACUUCGACUCCAGCUGCGGGAAGACGGCGUCCCUGCUGUCCCACUUGCAGAAGAGGCGGGAGGAGAUCAGGAAGAUGGACAUCUCCCACGGCACUCUGGACUCGACCUCUGCCCAGUCUUACUCCGAAGGGUUGUCCGGCAUCGCCUACGGGCUCUCCCGGGAUUACGAGCGGGCAACGGGGCUCUCCAAGGGGGCUCGGAACGCCACCUUCGGGGCGCUGACGCGCACGUGCAGCGUCACGGAGGGCAAGCACGCCAAGCUGAGCUGCUACGUGACGGGGGAGCCCAAGCCGGUGAUCGUGUGGAAGAAGGACAACGAGGUCAUUUCGGAGGGGCGGCGGCACGUCAUCUACGAGGACGACCAGGAGAACUUCGUGCUGAAGAUCCUCUUCUGCAAGCAGGUGGACAACGGGCUGUACACCUGCACGGCCUCCAACCUGGCGGGCCAGACCUACAGCUCCGUGCUCGUCACCGUCAAAGAACCCGCCAUACCCUUCAAGGAAAAACUGAAGGACCUCGAGGUGAGGGAGAAGGAAUCUGCCACCUUCCAGUGCGAGGUGCCCGUUCCCGGGACAGAGACCUCCUGGUUCAAGGAGGAGACCAAGCUGAGGCAGAGCAAGAAGUACAGCAUCGAGGAGGAGGGCACGUACCGCCGGCUCACCGUGCAGAACGUCACCGCCGACGAUGACGCCGUUUACAUCUGUGAGAUGAAAGAAGGGAGCAGGACCAUUGCAGAGCUGUCUGUCCAAGGGAACAUAAUUAAAAAGCUUCCACGGAAGACUGCAGUGUUCAUCCACGACACAGCCACCUUCUGCGUGGAGCUGGACAACGACUGCCAGAACGUCCGGUGGCUCAAGAACAAGGAAGAGGUGAAGCCCAGCGACCGCAUCUCCAUCACGCGCUCUGGCAAACAGCACACCAUGACCAUCCGAGAGUGCAAGCUGGAAGAUGCUGGGGAGAUUGCCUUCCUGGCUGAUGAAAGCAGGACUUCCACCCAGUUCACUGUGACCACGCCCAAAAAACCUCCCACCCAACCCCCAGCCGACCCUGUGGUGAAAAAUAAAACAGAAACCUCAGUGACCCUGGCAUGGUCCCCUCCCAAGAUGGACCGUCCCAUUCCAGUCGACGGAUACAUCGUGGAACGCAAGAAACUCACUGGCUUCACCUGGAUGAGGUGCCACGAGUCCCACGUCCCUGUCCCAGAGCUCACCGUGAGCAACUUGGCAGAAGAGGCUGAUUAUCAGUUCAGAGUGUCUGCAGUCAACACCUAUGGACAGAGCCCCUACCUGGAAUUCCCCGGGAGCAUCCACCUUGAACCAGUCCUGGCUGUGAAAAGCCCCCUGACAACAACUGAGGCUGUACCUGGAGGGGAUGCCCUGUUUACUGUCGACCUCACCAAGACGUGUUCCGGCACCUGGUACCUCAACGGUAAAGUCUUACAGGAAAGUGAGACCUGCAUCAUCAAGAGAACCCAAACCACUCACACCCUCACCAUAAAGAACGUCACCAAGAAGGAUGAUGGAGCAGAAGUGAAAUUUGUUGCCAGUGAUGUUGAGACCAGCACCAAGAUGAGAGUGAAAGGUGCCGCAGUGAGAUUUACCAACAAGAGCAAAGAGGUAGAAAAGGUCUCUGCUCGACUGAGGGAGGAAGCCAAACUCCAGGCUGAGCUUUCAGAUGCAGAGGCCACAGUGAAGUGGUUGAAAGAUGGGAAGGAGCUCAAGGCCAGUGAAAAAUAUGAGCUUCAGACUGCGGGGAAGAGGCACAUCCUGAAAAUCCUCAGCACUUGUGAAGAGGAUGCUGGAGUUUAUGAGUGCACCUGUGAAGGGGAUAAAAUGCUCUUUCAGCUUUCAGUGAAAGCACUUGCAAACUUCAUAAACAAAGAGAAAAGUGGAGGACUUGUCAAGGCCAUCACUGGGAAACAGGCUGAAUUUGUUUCUGAGACCUCCGAGGCCAAUGUCAUGGUGAAGUGGUACAAAGAUGGGAAAGAAAUCACAGCCAGCAAGAAAUUCACCCUGGAGGAUAAAGGAAAGCUGCACAAGCUCGUGGCUUCGGCUGUGACAAAGGAAGAUGAAGGAACUUACACGUGCAAAAUUGGAGAUGACAGCCUUGUUUUUGAUUUAAAAGUCUCAGACGAAGCUGUUACUUUUGUCAACAAGCCCAAGACGACUCCAGAAGUAUCAGUCAGUCCUUCUGAAACCCUGGAGCUGGUGUGUGAGGUGUCAGCUGCCAGCGGAGCUGUGGUGUGGAAGAGGGAUCACACCGAGGUGAAGCAGGACCAGAGGACAGCAGUGGUGUCCCAGGGGACACAACGGAAGCUCAUCGUCAAGAAGGUGACACAGCAAGACCAAGGGAGCUACACCUGCGAGGUGAAGGAUGACAGAAUAACAUUCCAAGUCAAAGUGGCCCAGGACAAGACUGAGGUGAAGUGGUACAAGGAUGGGAAGCUGAUCACCUCCAGCAAGAAGUUCAAGGUGGAGUCUGAGGGCAAAUCUCGCCGUCUGGUGGUGGGUCAGGUGGAGAAGAAGGAUGCUGGGGAGUACAACUGCGAGGCUGCUGGCCAGAAACUCACCUUCAAGAUCCAUGUCACAGAGGUGGAAGAUGCCUUUGUCCACAAGGAGAAGGUGCAGAAAGAGGUGAAAGCUGUGCUAUCAGAAGAUGCCACGCUGAGCUGCGAGGUGGCCCAGGACAAGACUGAGGUGAAGUGGUACAAGGAUGGGAAGCUGAUCACCUCCAGCAAGAAGUUCAAGGUGGAGUCUGAGGGCAAAUCUCGUCGUCUGGUGGUGGGUCAGGUGGAGCAGAAGGAUGCUGGGGAGUACAGCUGUGAGGCUGCUGGCCAGAAACUCACCUUCAAGAUCCAUGUUGCAGAUGACGUGUUUGAACACAGAGACAAAGUGCAAAGGGAGGUGAAGGCAGUGCUGAAGGAAGACACCACUCUGAGCUGUGAGGUGGCCCAGGACAAGACUGAGGUGAAGUGGUACAAGGAUGGGAAGCUGAUCACCUCCAACAAGAAGUUCAAGGUGGAGUCCGAGGGCAAAUCUCGUCGACUGGUGGUGGGUCAGGUGGAGAAGAAGGAUGCUGGGGAGUACAGCUGCGAGGCUGCUGGCCAGAAACUCACCUUCAAGAUUGAUGUCACAGAGCCAGAAGUUGUGUUUACAAACAAGGAUAAAGUGAAGAAAGAGGUGAAAGCUGUGCUAUCAGAAGAUGUCACGCUGAGCUGCGAGGUGGCCCAGGACAAGACUGAGGUGAAGUGGUACAAGGAUGGGAAGCUGAUCACCUCCAGCAAGAAGUUCAAGGUGGAGUCCGAGGGCAAAUCUCGCCGUCUGGUGGUGGGUCAGGUGGAGAAGAAGGAUGCUGGGGAGUACAGCUGUGAGGCUGCUGGCCAGAAACUCACCUUCAGGAUCGAUGUCACAGAGCCCAAACCUGCGUUUAUUAACCAGGAAAAGGUCCAGAAGGAGGUGAAGGCUGUGCUGACAGAAAGUGCCUCCCUCGUGUGCGAGGUGGCACAGGAUGCAACCGAAGUGAAAUGGUUCAAGGACGGAAAACUUCUGGUUUCCUCCAGAAAAUUCAAAAUAGAGACCGUGGGCAAAACCCGGCGCCUGGUUAUAGAGCAGCUGGAGAAGAAGGAUGCUGGGGAAUACAUCUGUGAGGCUGCGGGCCAGAAGAUGACAUUCAAACUGGAACCAACUGAACCAGAGGCUAAAUUUGAAAAGAAAGUUGUCCAGAAAGAGCCCCUCAUUGUUCAAGAACAUGAGAGUAUCACCCUGACAACCUCAGUGACACCUGAAACUGCUGCAGUGAAGUGGCUCAAGGACGGGACAGAAAUCAAGGCGAGCAAGAAAUGUGUGAUCAAGAGUGAGGGGGCGUCCAGGACCCUGGUGGUGAACCUGGCUGAGAGCACAGACACUGCUGUCUACACCUGCCAGACCAAGAAUGACAAGCAGGAGUUCAAAGUGCAGGUGAAAGAAAUCCCGGUGAAGUUCGCCAAGAAGCUGGAAGCUGUCAAGGCUGAGAUUGGGGGCAGUGUCUCCCUGAGCUGUGAGCUGAGCCACCCUCGGGGGAAGGUGACCUGGCGCAGGAACGGAGUCGAGAUCAAGCCCGGCAAACGUUUCCAGGUUCACGAGGAGGGGGUCAAACGGACCCUGACGAUAACAGAGAUCCGGGCUGAGGAUGAGGGGGAGUAUUCCUGUGAAUCCAGAGACGACAAGAGCAGCGUUGCCAUCACCCCCAAAGCUCCCAGAGUGGUGAAAUUCGUCACCAGCCUCAACAGCGUGGUGUCUGAGGAAGGAAAAGAGGCCGUGUUCAAGUGCACCGUCUCUCCCAGCGACGCCGUGGUCACUUGGCUCAGGAACGGCGUCAAGAUUGAAGCCAGCAAGAAGUAUGUGAUCUCCCAGAAGGACACCAACCACAGCCUCACCAUCACUGACCUGACACUGGAAGAUGCAGCUGAAAUCUGCGCCAGUGCUGAGGGUGUGGAGAGCACAGCCAACCUCAGAGUCCGAGAGGCCUCGAUCUCGUUCAAGAAGAAACUGGAGCCCAAAACAGUUGAAGAGAGGGAGACAGUGACCUUGGAGGUGGAGCUGACCAAACCUGCAGAGGUGAAGUGGAUGAGGAACGGCAUCGUGCUGAAGCCCAGUGACAAGAUAGAGAUCAAAGCUGAGGGAACAAAGCACACCUUGGUGGUGAAGGACAUCUCCUUUGCAGACAGGGGCUUCUACUGCUGUGAGAGCCCUGAUGACAAGACCCAAGCCAAGAUCAACGUGGAAAUGAGGCAGAUCAAGCUGGUGAAAGGCCUUCAGCCCCUGGAAGUUGCUGAGAAAGGCACUGUCACCUUCGAGGUGGAGGUGUCACACGAGGACGUGGAAGGGACCUGGCAGAGGGACGGAGUUCGGCUCAAACCCGCACCCAACGUCAGCUUUGGCGUCCUGGGCAAGAAACACUCACUGACUCUUUCCUCGGUGGCCCUUGAGGAUGCAGGGGUCAUCUCCUUCAAGGCAGAAGGCAUCAAUUCAUCAGGGAGACUCACUGUGACAGAGUUGCCUGUGAGAAUCAGCAAACCUCUGGUGGAUGUCAGUGUGACUCAGAAACUCAAGGCCACAUUUGAGUGUGAGCUGUCCAGGCCCAACGUGAAUGUGAAGUGGUUCAAGGAUGGGAAGGAGAUCCGUCAAAGUCAAAACGUGGGGUUUGUUUCCCAGGGAAAUAAGAGAAGCCUCAUUAUUCACAAGUGUGAAUAUGAAGACCAGGGAACCUACAGCUGCCAAGCAGCUGAAGACAAGACAUCAGCUACUCUAAAGGUUCAUGCCCGAGAUAUCAAGAUUGUAAAGCCACUGGAAGAUGUGGAAGUGAAUGAAUAUGAGAGUGCAUCCUUUGUCUGUGAGAUUUCACAUGAUGAGGUCGAAACCCAGUGGUACAAAAAUGACAACAAGCUGAAGACUUCAGACAACAUCAAAAUGCGACAGGAUGGGAAGACCUACUCGCUGACCUACGCCCGUGUCCACGUGGAGGAUGCGGCAGAGAUCAAAUUUGUGGCAGAAAAGGCAGAAUCUCGCGCUCAGCUGACCGUGAAAGAGCUGCCUGUAAAAAUAGUGAAACCUCUGAGAGACAAGAUCGCCCUUGAGAAGCACCGGGGGUUCCUGGAGUGCCAAGUGUCUCGUGCCAACGCCAAGGUCCGGUGGUUCAAACGGGACGUGGAAAUUCGCCCCAGCGACAAAUACGAGAUUGUGAGCGAAGGCGUCUACAGGAAACUCAUCAUCAACGACGCCGACUACGAGGAUGAGGACACCUACACCUGUGAUGCCUUUGAUGACAAGAGCAGUGCUAACUUCUUUGUUGAAGAGCAAGCCAUUAAUAUCGUGAAGGAGUUGUGUGAUGAGGACGUGACUGAGCCUGAAGAAGCCAAUUUUGAAUGUGAGACAUCCAUUCCAUCCGUGAAACCCGCCAAGUGGUUUCUACGUGGAGAAGCUUUACAGCCUGGCAGAAACUUCAUCAUGCAGCAGGAAGGCACCAUCCACAGGCUGACAAUAGUGAAAACAAGUGCUGAUAUGACAGGAACCAUCCAGUUCUCCAUUGGCAAAUCAAAAUCCACAGCAAACCUGCUUGUCAGAGAUUACCACAUACAGAUCACCAGGAAGCUGGAGGACAAGACCGUCCUGGAGAAACACUCGGCCGUCCUGUCCUGUGACUUCAGGCCCUCUCCAAAGAUUGUGAAGUGGUUCAAGGACCACGUGCUCAUCGAGCCCUCUGAGAAGUACAAGAUCAAGCGGGAGCAAUACUCAGCAGAGCUCAAGAUCUUGAAGGUGAAGCCUGAAGAUGCCGGAAUGUACAAGUGCCGGGCCGGGAACGCAGAGACCAGAGCCACGCUCACCGUCGAAGCCCGGAACGUGGAAGUCCUCAAACACCUGCAGGACGUGGAAAUCGAGGAAGACAGCUCUGCCGUGUUCUCCUGCGAGCUGUCCCACGACGACGAGGACGUGGAGUGGUUCCUCAACGGCACCCUCCUCUACACCAACAACUUCAACGACAUCAAGAACGUCGGCAAGGUCUACACGCUGACCAUGAAGCAGGUGAAGCCUGAGGACGCUGGCACGGUGACAAUGAAGUCAGACAAGGUGUCAGAGAGCGUGAGGCUGAAGGUCAUAGAGAAACCUGCUGUCUUCAUGAAAGCCUUGGAUGACGUUUUUGGUGAGGAGCGAGGUGUGAUUAAACUGGAAUGCGAAGUCUCCAAAGAGAAGGUCAAACCUGUUUGGAAAAAGGAUGGUGUGAAGAUCCCUUCUAGUAACAAGUACGAGGAGAUACAGUCUGGGAAGACCCUGUGCCUCCUUAUCCAUGACCUUGAAAAGACAGAUGCAGGUUUAUACACCUGUGACAUUGGCACUGAUGUUGCCAAGUCAAAGGUCAGCGUUCAGGAACUGAACAUUGGCAUCACCAAACGGCUGAAGAACACCGAAAUCCAGCUGGGAGAGGACUGCACCUUUGAGUGCAUUUUGUCCCACGAGAGCAUCGAUGACUUCAGCUGGACGCUGAACGGGAGAAAAGUGGAGAGUGGGGGGAGGUUUAAAGCCUCCAACGCGGGUCGGAAAUACACCCUCAGCAUCCAAAGGGUGACUCCCGACGAUGCCGGGGAGGUCGUGUUCACUGCCCGAGGUCUGACCUCCAAGGCUUCUCUGGCUGUGAAAGAGAAACCAACUGAGGUUACAAAACAGCUGGAGGAUAAAACAUCACAAGCAGGGCAGGACAUCAACCUGAGCUGUGAACUGUCCAAACCUGAUGUGAACAUCAGGUGGUACAAGGAUGGCAAAGCAAUCCGAAAAAGCCAGAAAUACGACUUGCAGCAAGAGGGAACACGGGCCAUCCUGAUCAUCCAUGACUCCACGGUCAAGGACAGUGGGGAAUACACCUGUGAGACAGAGAGCUCCAAAACAACAGCCAGGAUCACAGUGCAAGAAAAACCUAAUUAUUUUGUCAAGGAGCUUUCAGACCUGAAGGUCGACGAGAGUGGGACCGCAGUUUUCACAUGCCAGAGCGAGAGAGCUGCAUCCUCCGUGGUCUGGAGGAAAGGCAUCGCCGAGCUCAGGGCCGGCAGGAAAUACGAGAUCACACAGAAGGGACAAGACCUCCAGCUGACCAUAAAGAACCUGGAGAAAAGCGACAGUGACACUUACAGCUGUGACAUUGGUGACGCCCAGUCCAGAGCCAAGCUGGUCGUGCAAGGCCAGAAAGUGCUAAUAACAGAAGACCUGGAAGAUGUCACUGUGUUAGAAGGAGAAUCUGCCACGUUCAAGUGCAGAAUCUCUCCCGUAGACUGUAGCAAAGUGCAGUGGUUUUUGGAUAAGACCCCACUCCAUACCAAUGAACUUAAUGAGAUCCAGUCCCAGCCUGGGGGAUAUCACCUGCUAACGCUGAGAAAGCUCUCACUGAAGGACUCGGGGGUCAUUACAUUUGAAGCUGGUGAUAAGAAAACAUCUGCCAGUUUGGUUGUGAAAGCCUUCACAAAGGAGCUGAUUGAUACUGUAGAGUGUGAGGGAGAGGAUGUGAUCCUUCACUGUGAAACCUCCAAAUCAGACAGGCCUGUAAAGUGGUGCAAAGGUGGGAAGAGCCUCAGGAAUUCUUCCAAGUGCAACAUCACCUGGUUGGGAUUUGAAGCCAAGCUUGUUGUUCACAGGGCAGAAGAGACAGUGGUAGAUGUGAAAAAGCCACUCCUUUUCAAGCAAGAGCUCCAAAACGAAGAGGCUAAAGAAGGAAAACAGGUCAAGCUGACCUGCGAGCUCAGCAAACCUGGUGCCCCAGUGAAGUGGAUGAAGGGAGACACUGUCCUCCAUGCCAGUGAGAAGUAUGAAUUUAAGCAGCAUGGAACUGUGGCAGAGCUCAUUAUCCGAGACCUCAAACCCACGGAUGCUGGGGAAUACACCUGCAGCUCUGGGGAGCUCAAAACCACUGCCCGGGUGAAAGUGAACGCUGUGCCUGUCCUUUUUAAACAAGCCCUGGAGAACACGGAUAUGGAAGAAGGGAAAUCCGUCUCCUUGCGCUGCGAACUCACAAAAGCCGAUGCCACCGUGGUGUGGAAGAAGGGAGGAGCCACGCUCCAGGCAAGUGCCAAAUAUGAAAUGAAGCAGAAGGGGACAGUGGCAGAGCUGGUGAUUCAUAAUGCAGAGCCAGAAGAUGCGGGAAGAUACACCUGUGACACUGGAGACCAGCAGAGCACAGCCCAAGUCAAAAUCCAUGCUGCCUCUGUGCUCUUCAAGGAAGAGCUGAAGCCCGUGGAAGCUGUGGAAGGUGGGACAGCCACCCUGCAGUGCCAGCUGAGCAGAGAGGCCCCCGUGGAGUGGAGGAAGGGGCAAACUCUUCUCCGGCCAAGUAACAAGUACAAGAUGAGGCAGGAGGGCACAGUGGCUGAGCUGCUGAUCCAUGAUCUGGACCCAAAGGAUGCUGGAGACUAUUCAUGUCUAGUGGGGAACCAAAAAACCACGGCAGCCUUGUCAGUGAAUGCCCUGCCAGUGCGUUUCAAAAAGGAGCUGAGGAACGAGGAGGCCACGGAGAGCGGGACGGCGACGCUGCAGUGCGAGCUGAGCCGGCCCGGGGGCUCGGUCCAGUGGAGCAGGGAUGGGAAGGUGCUGGAGCCAAAUGGAAAGUACAAAAUGAGACGGGAAGGGCGCUUUGUUGAGCUGGUUAUCCAAGACCUGGACUUGGCGGAUGCCGGGAGCUACACCUGCACGUGUGGAGACCAGAAGACAACGGCUGCUCUGAGAGUGAAUGCCUUGCCUGUCCUCUUCCAAGAAGAACUGACGAACAAGGAAGCUACAGAGGGGGAGGCAGUGACUUUGCACUGUAAACUGAGCAAAUCGACCCCAGUUGAGUGGAAAAAGGGGAAUGUGGUCCUCAAGCCAAGUGAAAAAUACAAAAUAGAGCAGGAAGGCCCCUUUGCAGAGCUGAGGAUCCAGGAUUUGGGAUUGGCAGAUGCUGGUGAUUACCACUGUGUGUGUGGAGACCAACAGACCACGGCUGCUUUGACAGUAAAUGUCCUGCCUGCUCUUUUCACCAAAGAACUGACAGACCAAGAAGCCACUGAAGGUAAAAGUGUCUCCCUGCACUGUGAGCUGAACAAGGCAGCUGCCAAGGUGGAGUGGAAGAAGGGAUUCAAGACCCUCAAGCCAAGUGACAAGUACAAAAUGAAACGGGAAGGUGUCGCUGCUGAGCUCACAAUCCAGAGCCUGGACACGGCGGACGCUGGGAAUUACUCCUGCGUGUGUGGGGACCAGCAGACCAUGGCAGUUUUGACAGUUCAUGCUCUGCCUGCAUUUUUCAAAGAAGGGUUGAAGAACAGGGAGGCCACAGACGGUGGAACGGCCACCCUGCACUGCGAGCUCAGCAAGGUCGGGGUCCCUGUGGAGUGGAAAAAAGGGGACAAGACACUCAAACCCAGUGAAAAGUUCAGGAUGAGACAAGAAGACACGGCUGCAGAGCUGCUGAUCCGAGAUCUGGAGGUGGAAGACACAGGAGAAUAUACCUGUGUGUGUGGAGAGCAGAAGACCUCGGCUGUCUUGACAGUCCACGGUAAAAAAGCCAUUCUGGGUUGUGAUUCCAGUGUCUCCAGGACAUCCCUUUUCUCUCUCUUUCCCACUUGCUUUGAUGUUUUGAUUCUGCAGCAUUUUUUCUUGGUUUGCUGGUGGUGUUUCAUCCUGUCUCCCACUGUCUGUCAGUUCAAAACUGAAAAGCCACUCCUUUUCAAGCAAGAGCUCCAAAACGAAGAGGCUAAAGAAGGAAAACAGGUCAAGCUGACCUGCGAGCUCAGCAAACCUGGUGCCCCAGUGAAGUGGAUGAAGGGAGACACUGUCCUCCAUGCCAGUGAGAAGUAUGAAUUUAAGCAGCAUGGAACUGUGGCAGAGCUCAUUAUCCGAGACCUCAAAUCCAUGGAUGCUGGGGAAUACACCUGCAGCUCUGGGGAGCUCAAAACCACUGCCCGGGUGAAAGUGAACGCUGUGCCUGUCCUUUUUAAACAAGCCCUGGAGAACACGGAUAUGGAAGAAGGGAAAUCCGUCUCCUUGCGCUGCGAACUCACAAAAGCCGAUGCCACCGUGGUGUGGAAGAAGGGAGGAGCCACGCUCCAGGCAAGUGCCAAAUAUGAAAUGAAGCAGAAGGGGACAGUGGCAGAGCUGGUGAUUCAUAAUGCAGAGCCAGAAGAUGCGGGAAGAUACACCUGUGACACUGGAGACCAGCAGAGCACAGCCCAAGUCAAAAUCCAUGCUGCCUCUGUGCUCUUCAAGGAAGAGCUGAAGCCCGUGGAAGCUGUGGAAGGUGGGACAGCCACCCUGCAGUGCCAGCUGAGCAGAGAGGCCCCCGUGGAGUGGAGGAAGGGGCAAACUCUUCUCCGGCCAAGUAACAAGUACAAGAUGAGGCAGGAGGGCACAGUGGCUGAGCUGCUGAUCCAUGAUCUGGACCCAAAGGAUGCUGGAGACUAUUCAUGUCUAGUGGGGAACCAAAAAACCACGGCAGCCUUGUCAGUGAAUGCCCUGCCAGUGCGUUUCAAAAAGGAGCUGAGGAACGAGGAGGCCACGGAGAGCGGGACGGCGACGCUGCAGUGCGAGCUGAGCCGGCCCGGGGGCUCGGUCCAGUGGAGCAGGGAUGGGAAGGUGCUGGAGCCAAAUGGAAAGUACAAAAUGAGACGGGAAGGGCGCUUUGUUGAGCUGGUUAUCCAAGACCUGGACUUGGCGGAUGCCGGGAGCUACACCUGCACGUGUGGAGACCAGAAGACAACGGCUGCUCUGAGAGUGAAUGCCUUGCCUGUCCUCUUCCAAGAAGAACUGACGAACAAGGAAGCUACAGAGGGGGAGGCAGUGACUUUGCACUGUAAACUGAGCAAAUCGGCCCCAGUUGAGUGGAAAAAGGGGAAUGUGGUCCUCAAGCCAAGUGAAAAAUACAAAAUAGAGCAGGAAGGCCCCUUUGCAGAGCUGAGGAUCCAGGAUUUGGGACUGGCAGAUGCUGGUGAUUACCACUGUGUGUGUGGAGACCAACAGACCACGGCUGCUUUGACAGUAAAUGUCCUGCCCGCUCUUUUCACCAAAGAACUGACAGACCAAGAAGCCACUGAAGGUAAAAGUGUCUCCCUGCACUGUGAGCUGAACAAGGCAGCUGCCAAGGUGGAGUGGAAGAAGGGAUUCAAGACCCUCAAGCCAAGUGACAAGUACAAAAUGAAACGGGAAGGUGUCACUGCUGAGCUCACAAUCCAGAGCCUGGACACGGCGGACGCUGGGAAUUACUCCUGCGUGUGUGGGGACCAGCAGACCAUGGCAGUUUUGACAGUUCAUGCUCUGCCUGCAUUUUUCAAAGAAGGGUUGAAGAACAGGGAGGCCACAGACGGUGGAACAGCCACCCUGCACUGCGAGCUCAGCAAGGUCGGGGUCCCCGUGGAGUGGAAAAAAGGGGACAAGACCCUCAAACCCAGUGAAAAGUUCAGGAUGAGACAAGAAGACACGUCUGCAGAGCUGCUGAUCCGAGAUCUGGAGGUGGAAGACACAGGAGAAUAUACCUGUGUGUGUGGAGAGCAGAAGACCUCGGCUGUCUUGACAGUCCACGCUUUGCCUGCACUGUUCAAAAAGGAUCUUGUCCCUGUGGAAGCCACGGAAAGCAGGGCGGCUGUUCUGCAGUGCGAGCUGACCAAACCCGCCCCAGUGGAGUGGAGGAAAGGGCAGGAGGUGCUCCAGCCUAGUGAGAAGUACAAAAUGAGGCUGAAGGACACCGUUGCUGAGCUGACAAUCCAUGGCCUGGAGGAACAGGAUGCAGGAGAUUACACGUGUGUGUGUGGAGACAAGGCAACCACAGCUUCCCUGACAGUGCAUGCCUUGCCUGUGCACUUCAAGAAGGAGAUGACAAACGAGGAAGCCACAGAAGGUGGAACAGCCACUCUGCAGUGUGAACUGUCCAGACCUGCCCCCGUGGAGUGGAAAAAGAAGCACAAGGUGCUCAAACCGAGUGAAAAAUACACUGUGAGGCAGGAAGGCACCACAGCACAGCUGCUGAUCCACGCUCUGGAGGUCAAGGAUGCUGGGGAAUACACCUGUGUGUGUGGAGAGGAGAAGACAACUGCAGCACUGACAGUGCAUGCCCUCCCUGCCCUCUUCAAAGAGGAACUGAGAGAUGAGGAGGCCGAGGAGGGCGAAGCGGUGACUCUGCGCUGCGAGCUGACCAAACCCGCCCCGGUGGAGUGGAGAAAGGGACUCACGGUGCUCAGACCUAGUGAGAAGUACAAAAUGAGGCAGAAGGAUGUCACUGCAGAGCUGGUGAUCCAGAGCCUGGCUGAGAGUGAUGCUGGGGAUUACACCUGUGUGUGUGGGGACAAGGAGUCCACAGCUGCCUUGGCAGUGCACGCCCUGCCAGUGCUUUUCAAGGAAGAACUGAAGAGUGAAGAAGCCCAGGAAGGAGCAUCAGUCACUCUGAGUUGUGAAUUAACCAAAGAAGCUCCAGUGAAGUGGAAAAUUGGGCCCAAAGUGCUGAAAGCAAGUGACAAAUAUCAAAUGAGACAGUCUGGCACCACUGCAGAGCUGGUCAUUCAUGACCUAGAAGUAAAAGAUGCUGGAGAUUACACCUGUGUGUGUGGUGACCAGAAGACAACAGCAACCUUGGCAGUUCAUGCUCUGCCCCCACUCUUUAAGGAAGAGCUCCAGGACAAGGAAGCAGGAGAAGGUGGAGAAGUCGCCCUGCACUGUGAGCUCACCAAGGCUGCUCCAGUGCAGUGGUGGAAGGACCAGAGGAUGCUCAAAGCGAGCGAGAAAUACAAAAUGAGGCAGGAAGGGACCAAGGCAGAGCUGGUGAUCCAUGAAAUAGCUGAGGAGGAUGCAGGAGGCUACACCUGUGUGUGUGGGGAGCACCGGAGCACAGCUGUCCUGACAGUCCAGGCUGUGCCUCCAUUUUUCCAAGAAGAAAUGACCAGCAAGGAAGCAGUAGAAGGUGGAAUGGCCACUUUUCAGUGUGAGCUCAGCAAGGCAUCUGCCCCUGUGCAGUGGAAGAAGGGCCACCACGUCCUCACCUCGGGCAAGAAGCACAGCAUGAGGCAGGAAGGCCGUGUUGUGGAGCUGAUGGUUCAUGACUUGGACCUGGAUGACAGUGGAGAUUAUACCUGUGUGUGUGGAGACAAGAGCACCACAGCUGCCUUAACAGUGCAUGCACUGCCUCCAGAAUUCAAGAGAGGCCUGAAGGACCUUGAGGCCGUGGAAAAUGGCACAGCUGCUCUGCACUGCGAGCUGACUAAACCUGCCCUGGUGGAGUGGAAGAAAGGGCAGGAGGUGCUCAAGGCAAGCAGCAAGUAUAAAAUGAGUCAAGAAGGUGCUGUUGCAAAGCUGAUUAUCCGUGAGCUGGAUGUGGAGGAUGCUGGAGAUUACACCUGUGUGUGUGGAGAUCAGCAGACAACUGCCACUCUGACAGUCAACGCCCUACCAGCACUUUUUAAACGAGAGCUCCAGGACACCGAGGCAGAGGAAGGUGGCACAGCCACCCUGAGGUGUGAGCUGACCAAAGCCAAGGCUCCAGUGGAGUGGAGGAAAGGGGAUGUCACCCUCUACCCUGGUUUGAAAUACGAGAUGAAGCAGCAGGGCUGCACUGCUGAACUGGCCAUUUCUGACCUAGAACUGGAUGAUUCAGGAAUAUACACCUGUGACUCUGGACACCAGCAGACAACAGCUGUGGUGACUGUACAUGCACUGCCUGUCACAUUUAAGCAACCCCUGCAGAAUCAGGAAUCCGAGGAGGGAAGCACAGCCACGUUCUGCUGUGAGCUGUCGAAACCCAAAGCUGCUGUGGAGUGGAGGAAAGGAGGAGUGGGGCUGCAGCCCAGCCAGAAAUAUGAAAUGAGGCAGAGGGAAUGCCUGGUAGAGCUCUUGAUACAUAACCUCAAAUUAGAAGAUACAGGAGAGUACAGCUGUGACACUGGGGCUGAGGAAACCAAGGCAGCUUUAAACGUGAAAGCUCUGCCAGUUCUUUUCAAAAAGCAGCUCAAAGAUGAGGAGGCAGAAGAAGGAGCUGCGGUGAAAUUCCAGUGUGAGCUGACGAAGGAUAACGCAGCAGUGGAGUGGAGGAAAGGCACCAUGGAACUCUUCCCGUGUGCCAAAUAUGACAUUAAAUUAAGUGGUUGCACGGCUGAACUUGUGAUUCACAGUGUGGAGCCAGAGGAUGCUUCUGAUUACACAUGUGACACGGGAGACCAGCAGAGCACUGCAGUCCUCAGAGUGCAUGCCACCAAACCCCGGCUGAGGCAGCAGCUGAAGGACGAAGAGGUGGAAGUGGGGGGGACAGCCAGGCUGCGCUGCGAGAUCUCCAUCAGCAAGGCAGAGGUGGAGUGGAGGAAGGACGGAGCUGUCCUGCACCCCAGCUCCAAGUACGAGAUGUGGCAGGACGGGACCCUCCGGGAGCUCCGCGUUCACCGCCUGGAGCCUGGAGAUGCCGGGGAGUAUUCCUGCAAGGCUGGAGAUGAGAUGACCUCUGCCAAACUGACAGUGAAAGAGCCCGACGUGACCAUCGUGAGCGGCCUGAAGGACACGGAGGUGUUCGAGGGGGACGACGUCACGUUCCGGUGCCAGGUUUCCCACGAGAACGCCAGGGAUGUGGAAUGGAAGCUGCAGGAUGUCGCCCUGCAAAACAACGAGAUGAACGAGAUCUCGGUGGAAAAAGGGAAGGUCCACACCCUGACCCUGAGGAAGGUGACGGAGCAGGACAUUGGCACCGUCACCUUCCGGGUGGGAUGUCACACGUCCACGGCAGAGCUCACGGUGAAAGUGCCACCUCCCGUAUUUAAGGAGAAACUGCAGAGCCUGGAACUGCAGGAGGAAGACACAGCCGUGCUCAGGUGCCAGGUCUCCCAGCCCAACGCUCAGGUGAAGUGGAAGAAGGGCACUCAGGUGAUCUCCCCAAGCUCCAAGUAUGAAAUCAGGCAGGAAGGAACAGUCCACACCUUAAAGAUUUUUCACUUAAACGCAGAAGACUCUGGCAAAUACACCUGUGAUAAUGGAAACGAACAAACGACAGCCACUGUAACUGUUAAAGCUUUGCCUGUAACCUUCACACAACCACUGCAGAACCAACAGGCUGAAGAAGGUGGUACCAUCACUUUGAGCUGUGAGGUGUCGAGGUCAACCACCACAGUGCAGUGGAAGAAGGGCGGGACUGUGCUGAGACCAAGUGACAAAUACAAGAUGCGUCAGGCCGGGCCCGUGGCUGAGCUGACCAUCCACAACCUGAGUGGAGCUGAUGCUGGGGAAUACACCUGUGACACAGGGGACCAGCAAACCACAGCUGUGGUGCACCUGAAAGAACCAGCAGUGGCCAUAGUGGAGAUGCUGAAGGACGUCACCUUGUACGAAGGGGAGGACGCGGUGUUCGAGUGCAGGCUGUCCCGGGAAACAACCCAGGAUGCCAAGUGGUUCCUGGGGGAUGUGCCCCUGCAAUCCAACGAGAUGAAUGAGAUCAGAGUCCAGGGGACACGUCACAGUCUGAUCCUGAGGAAGGUGACCCUGGAGGACUGCGGGUCCAUCAGCUUCAAAGUCGGGGAGCACACGUCAGCAGCACAGCUGAAGGUCCAAGCUGCUCCGGUCAUCUUUGUGAAGGCACUCCAGAACCUGGAGCUGCAGGAGGGUGGCACAGCUCACCUGUCCUGUGAGGUGUCCAAGCCUGACGUCCCCGUGGAGUGGAAGAAAGGCACGUCUGUGAUCCACUCCAGCCAGAAGUGCAGCAUCAAGCAGGAGGGGAAGGUGCACACGCUGGUGAUCCGCGAUCUGAACCGCGCGGACGCGGGCGAGUACAGCUGCCAGACAGCUGAUGGGAGGACCGUGGCCAGGCUGGAAGUUAAAGGCCUCCCCGUGCUGUUCAAGCACUGGCUGAAGAACGAGGAGGUGGAGGAAGGUCGCACGGCCCUGUUGUUCUGUGAGCUGACAAAGCCCAACGCGCACGUGGAGUGGAGGAAAGGGGACACUGUUCUGCAGGCAGGUGACAAGUACGAGAUCCGGCAGGAGGGGACACGUGUGGAGCUCCUCAUCUACGAUGCUGAGGCUCAGGAUGCUGGGGAGUACACGUGUGACUCGGGGGAUCAGCAGACCACGGCGUCGCUGCAAGUCAAAGUACUGCCAUUGCUGUUUAACAAAGAGCUGAGAAACGUAGAGACUGAAGAAGGGGGAACGGCUGUUUUGCACUGUGAGAUCUCCAGGCCGGACGCCCCCGUUGAGUGGAGGAAAGGAGGGGUGGUCAUUGAGCCCAGUGACAAGUACGAGAUGAAGCUGAAGGGCAGCAUAGCUGAGCUGAUCAUCCAUGGUGUAGAGCCUGAUGACUGUGGGGAUUAUACCUGCAGCACUGGAUACGAGAUCACCACGGGUUCUGUGUACGUGCAAGAAGAAGCAGCAGUGGUAGUUUCUGGUUUAAGGAACACAGACGUCUUUGUGGGUGAGUCAGCCACGUUCACCUGCGAGCUCUCGCACCCGGGCGUGAGGAACGUGCAGUGGUGGCUCGAUGGGACCCCCCUCCACAACAACCUGGUGACUGAAAUCUCUGAGCAGGACGGGAGGAUCCACACUCUGACCCUAAAUGACGUGGCCUGCCACGACUCAGGCACUGUCACCUUCAGGGCUGGGUCCCUUAUAUCUUCAGCUAAAUUAUUAGUCAAAGAUCCCACCAUUGAAGUGGUCAGUCCCAUGCAGGACAUAACUGUUGAUGAAGAUGGCCCAGCAGAGUUCAUAUGCCAGUAUUCUAGGCCAGUGCACGCCAUCUGGAAGAAAAAUGAUCAGGAAAUACAUGCAGAUGGGCAGCGAGUGAUUAUCGAUCAGGACUGGAAUGUGAGCAUGCUAAAAAUUAACCCUACGGUCCCAGAAGACACUGGCAUCUAUUCUUGUGAAGCUGGAGGCACUAAAGUGAUGGCUACACUUGAUGUUCAAGCCAAGAACAGCAUCAUCCAGGGCUUGGAGAACGUGGAAGCCGUGGAAGGAGGGGAGGCCCUGUUCGAGUGUUACCUCUCCAAGCCCGAGACCUACAAUUACAACUGGCUGAUUGACGACGAACCUGCCAAGACCACAGAGAACACCGAGAUGGUUUACUUUGAAAAUGGGCUCAGGCACAUCCUGCUGCUGAAGAACCUCACCCCCCAGGACAGCUGCAGGGUGACUUUCAUGUGCAGCGACGCGGUGACCUCGGCCUUCCUGACGGUGAAAGGAUGGCGCCUGCAGUUCUUGCAGCCUCUCAAGGAUGUGGAAGUCUCUGUGGGGGAGAAAGCCACAUUUAGCUGUGUUCUGAGUGAAGCUGUGCCCAUUAAUGAAGUGGCCUGGUAUAGCAAUGACGUAGAGAUCCAGUUGGGUGAGGACUGGGAGGUACAAGCAGAUGGAAACAAAUACAAACUUAUUCUGAAAAAAGCCCAGCUGCACCAUUCUGGAGAGGUGACCUUUGCUUCCAGGGAAGCAAUUUCAUCAGCCAAGCUUUCUGUGAUAGAGCCUCCAGUUACAGUCACCCAGCCUUUGGUGGGAGGAUCAGUCACAGAAGGGGGGCUGGCUCACUUGGAGUGCACAUUAUCCAGCAAAACUGAGGAAAAAGUGACGUGGUUCAAAGGAAAGGAACAAAUAAAAGCUGGAGGGAGAUACGAGAUCCUCUCUGACGGGAAAAAGCAGACACUCAUUAUUCAUGGGUUCAGACCUGAAGACCAGGACACCUACACCUGCAUGGCUUCCCCUGAAGUCAAAUCUGUUGCCAGCCUGAGCCUUGAAGUGCCCACGGCGACGAUGCUAAAGGAGAUUGCCAGGGAAGCACCCCCUGCAAGCCAGCCAGGGGAGCUGGUGGAUGGCCAGGUCCAGCCCAGCCUGCCCCCUGAGGCUGCUCAGGAGGGAGAUCUUCACCUCCUGUGGGAAGCCCUGGCCAAGAAGCGCCGGAUGAGCCGGGAGCCCACCUUGGAUUCCAUCAGCGAGGUGCCUGAAGAGGACCUCGAGAGGCUGCAGAAGCUGAGGAAGGAGGAAGCAGAGAUGUCCCACUACUACUCAGAGGAGUAUUCCACGUGUGACGAGCUGGCCAGGACGGGAGAAGCCGAUUUCUCUUUCACAAGCUCAGAUGAUGAGUCCAGAGCUGGGACACCCUCACUGGUGAACUACCUGAAAAAGAAAGCUGGGAAGACGAGUAUCAGUGUUACCAGCAAGGUUCAGUCCACCUCCACAGACAAAUUAUGGAAGCAGUGGGAGAAAUCCAGUGUGGAGACUGCUGUGACCACCACAGCUGCCAAACCAGCUGAACCAGAGCUGCCAGACUUAGAUGACCCUUCCAUGAACAAGGCUGCUGUGAAGAUCCAAGCCGCUUUCAAAGGCUACAAAGUCAGGAAGGAGAUCAAGCAGCAAGAGUGCCCGGUGUUUGCCGAGACCUUCAAAGACUUCUCUGGCGAGCCUGGAAGCACUCUGCACCUGGAGUGUGUGGCCCACAGCAAAUCUGACAUGAAGGUCCGGUGGCUGAAAGACGGGCAGGAGCUUUCGGAUGGCCGCUACUACCACAUAGACAACUACAGCGACGGGACCUGCUCGCUGAUCAUCGCCGGCCUGGACAGGAAGGACGCGGGGAAAUACACCUGCGAGGCGUCCAACAAAUUCGGCAAGGUUUCCCACAGUGCCAAGGUGGUGGUUGGCGCUCAGGAGGCUCAGGUGCUUCCUAAGAAGCCGGCGAAGCAGAGCACGGACAGUGAGACGGAGAGCUCGUCCGGCAGCGAGCUGGACGACGCUUUCCGUAAGGCAGGGAGGAGACUCCACAGGCUCUUCAGGGCCAAGAUCUCCACAGAGAUCUCCGACGUGGAGGAGGAGCUCUUUGUCAGCGCGGACGAGGGGGACAUCGACGUGGUGGACCACCAGACGUACCGGGAGGACGACCAGUACAUCUACAUCAAGUUCGAAGUCUUGUCCGAGGCCAAAACGGCCGCCACCCGGUUCAGGGAGAUGUUUGGGGCCCUGGGGAUCCCCGUGGAGAUCGAUAUUUUGGAGCAAGGCCCUAAAAAGGUUGAACUGCGCAUUGGGAAGGCCUCACCACCCACCUUUGGGAAGUUUGCACCACCCAUAGCGAGACCUCCGCCGCCUUUGCUGACUUCUGACACAGCUCCCAUGUUCAUGACUGAGCUCCAGAACCAGGAGGUCCAGGAUGGGUACCCGGUGAGCUUCGACUGCAUCGUCAUCGGCAAACCGCUGCCCACGGUCCGCUGGUUCAAGGAUGGGAAAGCUAUCGAGGAGAACGACCACUACAUGAUCAAUGAGGACCAGGAGGGGUGUCACCAGCUCAUCAUCACUGCCGUGGUCCCCACUGACAUGGGCGUUUACCGUUGCCUGGCUGAGAACAACAUGGGAGUGGCUUCAACCAAGGCCGAGCUUCGGGUGGACCUGACCAGCACUGACUAUGAGACAGCAGCAGAUGCAACAGAGACAUCCUCUUACUACAGUGCCAAAGAAUAUAUUUCAAGCCGAGAGCAGGAGGAAUCCACCACUGAGGAGGAGCAACUGCCCCAGAUCUUUGAUGAGCUUCAUGACAUUCAUGUGGCACCUGGAGCAUCACUGGCUAAAUUUCACCUGAAGGUCAAAGGGUACCCACAGCCUCGUCUCUACUGGUUCAAGAAUGGGCAGCCCCUGAAGGCCUCUGAUCGCAUCCUGAAGACUGACAGGCAGGAAUUCCACUCCCUGGAAAUUCAGGAUGUCACCAAGGCAGAUGCUGGGCAGUACCUGGUCUUCGUCAUCAACUCUGCUGGCUCUGCCUAUUCCUCAGCCAGGCUGGUGGUCAAAGAUCCUUAUGAGAAAGAGGAGCCAUCCAAAACAGAUUCCCAUGAGCAGCUGAUACCACCGAGGUUCCUUGAAAGAUUUACUAAUAAAAAGGUGAAAAAAGGUGCAAGCAUCACAUUAUCUGUGAAAGUGGAAGGACAUCCACCUCCAAGUAUUACUUGGAUGAAAGAGGAGUCCCGGAAAGACAUCCUGUGGAUCAAACCAGACACCCCUGGGUAUAAACUUGCCAGUUCCAACAUGCACCACAGCCUGAUCCUGCUGGAUGUGAAGAAGAAGUACAGUGGAGCUUACACGUGCAUUGCCACCAACAAGGCUGGCCAGUCCAUCUGCACGGCCAACCUGGAGGUUGCAGAUGUGAAAGAGGCUGAAGUUCUGACCCAGGAGCGGGUGAUGGUGUCCGAAGCCAUCAUGACCACACUGGGAGCUAUUCAUCCCUCUGAAGCAAGAGAAGGAGACCUUGAAGGAAGGGAAGGUGUUCCCAAAAGCCCUAUUUCAUUAGCUGAUGUUGGCUCAGAAGAGUUCUUCCAGAAACUCACCUCACGGAUCUCGGAAAUGGUGUCUGCAAAAAUAACUCAGGCCAAGCUUCGAGUGCCAGGUGCAGAAAGUGAUGAUGAUUCAAAAACUCCCUCUGCAUCUCCUCGCCAUGGACGGUCCAGACCUUCAUCCAUAGCUCAGGAGUCCUCCUCUGAGUCUGAAGAUGGGGAUUCCAGAGGAGAGAUCUUUGAUGUCUACAUGGUCACUGCUGACUAUGUCCCUGCUGCACCUGACAGGGAAACCAUCACCCUGAAGGAAGGACAAUACGUGGAAGUCCUUGAUUCAGCUCAUCCUCUCAAGUGGCUGGUCAGGACUAAACCCACGAAAUCGAGUCCCUCUCGGCAGGGUUGGGUGUCUCCAGCUUAUCUGGACAAGAAAUUAAAGCUGUCACCAGAGUGGGGGACAACAGAAAUCCCCGAGUUUCCUGGAGAGUUUGUUUCUGAAGAUGAGUAUAAAAGGAAGCUGAGUGUUCUCAUCCAGGAGCUGCUGAUCUCAGAGGAGGAUUACAUUCAAGACCUGCAGUUCCUCCUGACUCAUCACCUCAAGUACACAGAGACCUGUCCCAACAUCCCAGGAGCUGUAGCCAGUCAGAAAUCCACCAUCUUCAGGAAUAUUGGUGACAUUGGUCACUUCCAUUCCAGUGUCUUCCUGCGGAGCCUGCAGGGCUGUGACACUGAUGAUGACGUGGCCAUGUGCUUUAUCAAGCACGAGGCAGAGUUUAACAGGUACAUCCAGUACCUGGUGGGAAGGGUACAGGCUGAGUCUGUUGUUGUCAGCAAAGCUGUCCAGGACUUCUACAAGAGAUACACAGAUGAAUUUGAAACUAAUGAAGAUCCUUCACAGCCACUUAUCCCACCACUGCAGUACUACCUGGAAAAACCCAUAAACAGGAUCCAGCAGUAUCAGACAAUAAUUAAGGAAUUAAUCCGAAACAAAGCAAGAAACAGCCAAAACUGCACCUUGCUGGAACAGGCUUAUGCUGUGGUGUCUGCACUGACCCGGAGGGCAGAGAACAACCUCCAUGUCUCGCUGAUUGAGAAUUAUCCAGGGACCCUGGAGAGCCUUGGUGAACCCAUCCGGCAGGGCCACUUCAUUGUGUGGGAAGGAGCUCCAGGAGCUAGAAUGGCAUGGAAAGGACACAAAAGACACGUUUUCCUCUUCAAAAAUUACCUUGUGAUCUGCAAACCAAAGCGAGACACAAAGACAGACACCUACAGUUACAUCUUCAAGAACAUCAUGAAGCUGAACAACAUAGAUGUGAACGACCUGGUGGAAGGGGACGACCGGGCCUUUGAGAUCUGGCACGAGCGGGAGGACCUGGUCCGCAAGUACCUGCUCCAGGCACGGACCGUGAACAUCAAGAACUCCUGGGUGAAGGAGAUCUGUGGAAUACAGCAGCGGAUCAGCGAGCCCAUCUGGAUACCUCCAGACUUCGAGGAAGAACUGGCAGAUUGCACGGCUGAGCUGGGAGAGACAGUCAAGCUGGCCUGCAAAGUGGUGGGAGCUCCCAAACCAUCCAUCAGCUGGUACAAAGAUGGAAAGCCAGUGGAGGUGGAUCCUCAUCACAUUAUAAUAGAAGAUCCUGACGGUUCCUGCACGUUGAUCUUGGACAACCUGACAGGUGUUGACACAGGACAGUACAUGUGCUUUGCUUCCAGUCCUGCUGGAAACGCCAGUACCUUGGGAAAGAUCCUUGUUCAAGUGCCACCAAGGUUUGUGAACAAGGUCAGAAAUGCUUAUUUUGUGGAGGGUGAAGAUGCCCAGUUCACCUGUACUGUGGAAGGAGCACCAAGGCCUCAAAUCAGAUGGUACAAAGAUGGGGUGCUGAUAAAGGACACAAGUAAAUACCAGGCUUUCAGUGAACCACGGAGUGGCAUCGUGGUCCUGGUGGUCAAGAACCCUUCCAAUGAAGACAUGGGACACUAUGAAUGUGAGCUGAUGAACAGAUUAGGGUCUGCAAAAAGUGGAGCAGAGCUUUACCACCACAGUGCUGCAGCCCUGACCCAGGAGAGGAGAGGAGACCAAGCCAUCACCAUCGAAGUCACUGAACAAGAGACUAAAGUGCCCAAGAAAACCAUCAUCAUAGAGGAAACCAUAACCACUGUGGUGAAGAGCCCAAGACAAAGGGGAAGGGUUUCUCCUGCUCGUUCUCCCUCUGGUCAUUCUCCUUCCCGCUCCCCGAGGGCGGAGCCGACUCCAGAGCCGGUUUUUGUCUCCAAGAUCAGGCAGCCUGUCCACAGGCAUGACCAGGAGGCAGCACCCAAGUCUGCUGUGCCCAGGCUUUAUGUCACAGAACCAGAGGACAGGCAAGGAGCAGCGGCAAGAGAGGUCGUAGAGAGCAAGGCGGAGGAGAAAAAGCCCAAAUGGGUCGAAGUGGAAGAAAUAAUUGAAUUCAAGGUGAAAAAAUCGCCAAAACCCACAAGGAAAAGAGGCUCUUCCCCAGUGAAACAAGAAAAGGAUGAGUCAGGGGUGUUGACAUUCACUUUUCCCAGCUCAAGGCCGAGGCAUUCCCCGGAAGAUGAUCCAAACACAAACAACUCCAACAAUAAGUUGGUGGAACAGUCAAAAUCUCUGCCCAGUGAGGGGCUCUCUGAAGGUGACAUCCAGCCCCUGGUGUACACAACCGAGCAGGAAGGGCCUCAGGUCAGCAACGAAGACAGAAACUCCCCGUGUGGGUCCGAGCAACUAGGAAAUGAUUCAUUCGUGGAUUGUGGAACCGAAGGAAAGAGCUUCCCGCAGGAAGCAAGUGCUGACUGUGGGUCAGACGCCGCCUGCCCGCUGCUCGCCUGCAGGGGGGAGCCUUUGGUCUUCAGUUUUGAGGCAGCUGCUGGAGACCAGCACGAACUUGUGUUCUCCCUGGAGAGUCCAGAGGUUAAGGAGGAGGUGGAUGAGCCGGACGUGUCUUGGCCUGUGGAUGAGGGGGUUGCUGGAGCGAUGCAAGAGGACAACGAGGACGACACCGUCGUCAUAGUUGACGAGCCCGAGGAGCCGCGGGCGGACGACAUCAGCACCCGGGACCGCAAGAUCUUAACCCACAACGGCAAAAUCCUGACUCUGGAGGACCUCGAGGAUUACGUCCCCCGGGAGGGCGAGACCUACAGGUGCGAUGACCAGGCGCCCGCGGCGGAGCGGCCCUGCGAGAUCUCGGUGCUCCAGACGGAGAUCAACGAGCCGACCAUCGGGAAGCCGGUGCUGCUGAACCUGGGCAGGCCCGUGGUGCCCGAGCCCAGGCAGAGGUUCUUCAGCCAGUACGAGGAGCACGUCCCCGGGGGCGUGUUCGUGUCGGCGUCCCGGGUGACCCCCUCCAACAUCUCCUUCCGUGUGAGCGAUUCCCGCCCAGCGGCGGCUCCUCCGGGCCCUUCCUUCACGGUGAAACCCUCCUUCUGCACCGAAGUCCAGCGCUCGGCGGACAGCGGCCAGUCGAGCUUUAAAACUGAAGUUUCCACCAGAACCCUCAGCUACGGGACCGUGGGCGAGCCCGUCACCUUGCACAUCAGCGCAGAAGACCUGUCCCAGAGAAUGACUCCCCCACAGCCAAGGAUGGAGACUUCUGUCCAGGCCUCGCUCCAACGCGCCGAUAAGGAGAUCAAGACAGCCCUGAGGACACUCAUGGACUCGGCGUCAAUGCUGGUGACUCUUCCCCUGGGCAUGAGAGGAGAAGGUGGCCUUGGCCUUCCUGGGUCUGUUCCUCCAGACCUCUCAGAAACAUCAGCUGGGCCCCCUGUGCUGGUUCAUGAAGCCAGCACCCAAACCCGGGCUCCUGGAGGCCAUGACAAAGCACAGAGGCAGGUUUCAGCUGAAGAACCCAGUGUGCCAAAGCCCAGCCCUGGUCCUUCCAAGGAAGACACAACUGCUGGAGACGGAAGCGCUCGGGAAUGCACCGUUCCCAUCGACAGAACCUCACCAGAGGCAGGGGCAGGAGGCUGGUACAGGAGAGAAGGAGACGUGGUCUGGGAUGUGCACAGUGAAGUUUAUAUUGAGACCACGGAAAGAACUCGUGUGUAUAAGACUGAGGAGAAGACCCCAGCAAGUCCUCCCUACAUGCAAGUGACAAUAGAGGAUGUGCAGGUGAACUCUGGGGAACGUGCCAAAUUUCAGGCAGUCAUCGAGGGAACCCCUCCACCCACCGUGCUGUGGUUUAAGGGCACUUCACUGCUGACAGACAGUGACAGAGUCCACCAGGGGAAGGAAGGGACAACGUAUUUCUUAGCGGUGGACGAUGCUGCCGUGGAAGAUGGUGGUGUUUAUACCUGUGUUGCCAAAAAUGCAGGAGGGGAGGUUUUGUGCAAAGCAGAGCUCAUUGUACGUGAAGCUAAGAAAGACCAAGAAGGAAAGAAAGUGGCCACCAGGCGAAAGCUCCAUGCCCAUUAUGAGGUGAAGCAGGAAAUUGGAAGGGGCUGCUUCAGCUUCGUGAAACGGGUUGUGCACAAAGGGAACAGAGUGUCCUGUGCUGCCAAGUUCAUCCCUCUGCGAAGCAAAACCAAGUCUCGAGCCCACCAAGAGAGGGACAUUCUCGCCUCUCUGUCCCACGACAGGAUUACCCGGCUCCUGGAUGAGUUUGAAACAAGGAAAACACUGAUUUUGGUUCUGGAGUUAUGCUCCAGCGAAGAGCUCCUGGACCGUUUGUUCAAGAAGAGUGUGGUCACCGAAGCUGAGGUCAAACUGUAUAUCAAGCAACUUUUGGAAGGACUCAAAUAUCUUCACGACAACAACAUCCUUCACUUGGACAUCAAGCCACUGAAUAUCCUCAUGGUUUACCCCGAGAGGGAAGACCUGAAGAUCUGUGACUUUGGGUUUGCUCAGAAGAUCACCCCCUUUGAGCCUCAGUACAGCAAAUACGGCUCUCCAGAGUUUGUUGCCCCAGAAAUUGUUUCUCUGUCACCGGUGUCAAAAGCAACUGAUAUCUGGGCUGUUGGAGUCAUCACGUAUUUAAGCCUCACGUGCAAGUCUCCGUUUGCUGGGGAGAACGACAGGAAAACCCUCCUGAACAUCCAGAGCGGGGAGAUUUCAUGGACCAUUCCUGACGUUGUUCACUUGAGUGAAGAUGCAAAGGACUUCAUGAAAGGGAUCCUGCAGCAGAACCCCAAAGCCAGGCCUAGUGCUUUGGACUGUCUGUCCCACAAGUGGUUCAUGCACAAUGUCCCCCUCGAAACAGCUCAUUUCAUUAAUACCAAGCAGCUCAAAUUCAUCGUGGCUCGGAGCAAGUGGCAGCGGUCUCUGAUGUGCUACAAAUCCAUCCUGGUAAUGAGGUCUAUCCCAGAAAUCCUGGAAAGGACCCACGACAACACCUCCCUGGCCAUCUCCCGACACCUCAUCGAGGAAAGCACUUCAUCCAGUACCAGUGGCUCCUCUUCAGACAACGAGAACUCGAAUUUCCCCAAGAAGAGGCACUUUGGUUCCACCCCCGAGCUGCACUUGCCCGUGUUUGAAGCACCAAGUUAUCAGGAGCCUCCAAGACGUUCAAGUGAGCAGAAGCACUCCAAGGCACCAGUCCCUCCAGUAAAACCCAUGAGGAGGAAAUAUGCUUCCAUGAAGGCUGAGGUGGGGGACAAAUCACCCACGGAAAGCAAAGAGCUCAUGGCGAGUGCCUUCCAGGAGAAGGAGGAGAGGCUCCAUCCCAGUGUUCGAGAUGAAAGGAGUGGUGCUGCCGAGCCUUCAUCCGUGAGGGCUUCCAUGGAAAGCACAUCAUAUCCAGGUCAGAAAGGAAAACCAGACAUGUCUUUAGCUGAUAAGGAGAGGAUUGAAAAGGCUGGGGAUGGCACAGAAAAGCCAUCUGCCUUUGUGCCCAGGCAGAGCGUCAUCAAAAGCACUUUCUACAGCCAAGCAACAGAGCUGCCUGCAAGGCCACCUUCCUCACCAGGCAGGGAGUUCAGGAGGCACCUGGACAGAGCCAGGAGGACUUUCCGGAAAGGUGGAUAUUCGAAGGUGCCCCUCAGUGGUCUCCGUGAGCCUCUCCUGGAGCAGUUUGAACUGGAAGAGGAAGAGGAAGGAGAUGAUCGCAGGGAAAGCCUGCUGGGAUCCUUGACCAAAUCAGCGUCGUUUGAUACUGCCAGGAAACCACCACAUCCUGCCAUUGCUGGUGCCAGCAGGAGCCGUUCCCUGGACGACUACAGGCUGAGAGCCUCGAGGUCACUGAGGGAACAAGACAUUUUGGAAGAAGACUGUGAUGUCUUGUCCCAGGAGAGCUGCCCUGAAGGCAGUGACCACUGUGACAUUUCUGCAGGGCCUGGCAAGGGAUGUUCUGUAGGCACAUCAAAGCAGGAGGAAGUCAGGAGAGCCAGCAAGGAUUGUUCAGGAGAGAAGCCCUCUCCUUCCACACAUUGUGAGGGUAAUGAGUGCCCAGCUGCUUUUAUGCAACAGGCUGAGGGACUUCCAGUGUCACCUCACAGGAGUGAAAAUAGGAAACCUUUACUGAAGAAGUCAAAAGCUACUGAGAUUGAGGAGGAUGUUGAAGAUUUGGAAGGCAAAAGCCCCAUUCUGACUGCCCAGUGCUCAGACAUAACUGCAUCAGCAGCCCAAAAACAUGAGAGCAUGGAGGGUAAAUCUUCCUCUGACACUGCCUUUCAGGAGAGCAAAGAGUCCAUUCCAACCUUGACACAGUCAGAGGCCACCUCUGAGUCAUCUCCCACGAGUAAGGGAGGUGUGUGUCUGCCCCAGGAGUCUGCUCACCACGCUGACAUCCACCAGGAUCAAAAAGGUGGAACGCUGCUGAUCAAAAGGACGGCCCCAGUUCCACCUUGGAAGGACAAAAGGCAGAAACAUUCAGGUGAAAAAACCUCUGCUCACGGUGUUGCCGAGUCUGAACUCAUGGAACAUGAAAGCUCUGCUGUUCCAGCAGAACAGACAGACAUCGAUUCACUUCCAGUACACAAAGACAAAAGUCAGGAACUUCCUGGGAAAAGUGUUCCAGCAGCUCCUGUGUCUCUGGGCAAGCGGCCAGGUGCCCUCACAGCUGGUGAAGGGGCUCCUCAGAAGGUGAAGACCCGCAAAGAGGUGAGAUCUGCUGUCCUGGAGGAGGAAGGGCUGGGUGUGACAGGAGUCACUCCGCCAUCAGCCCAUGCUGGUGAAAGCCAGGCUCACAGGAAGGCUCCUGCUCAUGGAUUCACAGCAUCAGCCAGCCUGAAAGGAGAGCACCUCGCUGUUCCCAAAGUCCCACCACCACAAUCAGUGCCGACUCCGGUCUCCAGUGGAGCACAGGCUGAAAGGGAAGGGCCAGCUCACAGCAAGGAGAGGUUUGUUGCUCUGAGGAGCGAAAGCUCUGCGGUCACAGAGGUUGUUCCCAGCUUGGCCCAUGAAGGAGCCAAACCCCAGAAGGUUUCUGAAGGCCAUGCUGUUCCAGGGAGCAGACACACAGCAGGAACGGUGUCCUCCCAAAGCACUGCUCUCCCUUCGGUCUGUCAGAGGGAAAAACAGGAACAUCCAGCCCUUCACAGCGAGGUGAGAUCUGCUGUGACAGCAGGUGGAAGCCCAGCAACUGCGCAGACCACGUCUGCUCCUUUCCCCAAGGCUGGACAUCGGGAGUUGGAGCAGCACAGGGCUGCCAGUCCCAGUGCUGGGAUUUCUGAUGGUCUGGGGGGUGCCUUAACUGCUGCACAACCAGAAGGUGCUCCAGCUUCAGCCUAUGAAGUAGAAUAUGAGGAACAUCCAAAGGUCCAUGGUGAGGGUGGAGGCGUUGCCUUCGAAAGUGGAAGAUCUGACGCUGGAAAAGCUGUCCCACCGUCGCUCCGCAGGGAUCGCCGUCAGGAGCAAUCACAUCACAGGUCUUCCUUUUACAGUGAUGAGGAGUCUGCUGUGCUGGAGGGCUUAGUGGACGAGAUGGUUUCCCUCUCUGAAGAGAUGAAUGUUUGGGCAGAGUCAGUUUCUGGAGAGAAGGAGAGCAGAAAGCACAUGGACACCUCCUCCCCUUCUGUAAAACAGAGGGAAGAUGAGCGGGAUGGCCUUGAAGAACCCUGCCUUGCUGUGAGUGAGGAGUCAGAGGUACUGGAAGGGCAGGGAGCACAGACAGUUCCUCGUGAAUGUGAACACCUGGAGGACAUGGCGUUUGAGAGCCCCACUUCCAGCCGAGCCAGCGUUUCCUCAACAGAGAGCUCGGACACCGGGAAAAGACCCAGCCGAGUGUCAGUGAUCAAGGACACCGGGAAACACCCAGAAGUGUCUUUGGUGAAAAUCAAAGACCUGUCAGAUGAAACCCCCAGUACUGGCAGCGGCCCUCAAAAAUUUGACAUCUCAGAGGUGGAACCUGCCUACUUGAACUUCUCUGACUUGUAUGACAUUGUCUAUUUUCCGUUUGAAUUUCUGAGCUACAAGAAGCCUUCGCCCAAGCCGGUUCGCAGACGGUUUAUUCCUCUCGGUGAAAGGGCAAGGUCUCCUCCUGCAGGGCAUCUGCAUAAGGAUAAGAGGCUGUGCAUCAGGGAGCAGGCAGAGGACAAGAACAGGAAGAACCAUUUGGAAAUAUCUGAGGAUUCAAAGGCAACUCACUUAGUGGCCAUGGGGAAAGGACCAGAGAGCCAUAAAGAAAUGUACAGCUCCCAAAAGGACUCCAGUGGGAAGCAAAAAAGCUCCUUCCACACCAAGCCAGGACUCUUUAAGCCAUAUGCAAGGUCUCAUUCAGUGGAGCUGUCAGUGGAGCAGAGUCUGAAGAAGAAAGUAAAAGCUUCUGUUGCCCAUAUUUCAAGAAUCCUAAAAGGAAAGACAUCUCCUGAGCCAGAGGCAGAGGAAGAGUUUGGUGAGCUGGGAAGUGAGGCAGCAGAAAAAGAGCUGUUAACAGGGGCUGAAGGAUCUCUGAAGAGGAAAUCAGCACUCUCCUCAUUCAAGUUGCCAAGCCUCAUGCCAAAGGAGAAAGCCCCAUCCUUCACUGAGGAGCUCAUGGACCAGGCUGCUGCCGUGGGACAGUGCGUGACGCUGUCGUGCCGGACGGCAGCUCACUCCUCCCUGCACAUCAACUGGUUCAGAGACGGGAUCCCUGUCCAGAGCAGCAGCCGGAUCCUCAUCUCAUCCACCCUCAAACACUUCCAGCUCUUAACUAUUCUCUCUGUUAAUCCUGAGGAUUUUGGUAUUUACACCUGUGUGGCCACAAACUCCCUGGGCUCGGCAUCCACCUCUUGUGUCAUAAGAAAAGCAGAGGUUCCUCCCAGCCCUCCACCCCCUGACAUGGUGGAAGUCUACAAAGAUGGAGUGCAGGUGGUCUGGAAACCUGUGGAGACCAACACCCCUGUCCAUUACACCAUCCAGUGCAAGAGUGAAG